AUGGCCAACCUUACCGAUCUCGCAUCUAGCCUGUCCUCGGCUUUACAAAACCUACCGCCCACAGAAAGCAUUCAGGAUGCGGAGCGUUUUCAGAUCUUAGGCCUGAUUGAGCAACUUCAGAACAAAUUGGAGCCGCCAUUCUUCACUAUUCUCAACAAGUUCUGCUUUUCGCACCACGCGUUAGUUGUGGUUCGCAUUGCGCAGGGAAUGGGUAUCUUCGAUGCCUUUGCUGCCUCGAAUAACACUGAGAUGGGCGUUGAAGAGCUCCAUUCCAAGACAAAAGGCGACCAAGAGUUCCUUGAAAGAACAAUGCGCCAUCUUUGUGCUCUCAAAGUAUUUAAGCAAACUGACGAGGACAAAUACCAGCCAUUACCCCUGGCGCCGAUGUUUGUCGGCGAGCUUCCGACAGGUAGUCUUAUUAGACAUGUAAAGAAGACAGAAGAGGAAGCUAAUUUUGAUAGCCAUACGAAUAUGCUGGUCGCCGCUAAGCUUCACGAAUACCUAAAAAACAAUGGCUACAAAAGCCCAGAUGAUGCUUACAACAGCCCUUUUCAAUUUGCGUACCAGACACAGGACCACUACUUCGAAUGGUUGAAGAAAGAUCCAGAGGAGCAGCAAGCAUUCAAUAAGACCAUGACAGUGGGCCGCCAGGCAAUGGGGACGCUCUGGUUUGAAUACUUCCCCGUGGUUGAGAAGUUACAAGCCUCGCCUGAACGGACUCUCUUAGUCGACAUUGGAGGUGGAAUCGGCUACGAUUUGUCUCAGCUUAAGAAAGAAUUUCCGGAUUUGCCUGGACGAUUGGUUGUGCAGGAUCUACCCGAGGUCAUAGACGACAUCUCCGAGCCGCUACCCGAUGGAGUUGAGGCAGUCAAGUACGACAUGUUCACACCCCAGCCCAUCGUCGGCGCCAAGGCAUACUGUUUAAGAACUGUUUUGCAUGACUGGCCCGACCGACAGGCACUAGAGGUGUUGGCCCGCGUGCGUGAGGCCAUGGCAGAAGACUCAAUCCUAUUGCUCAUCGAAAAUGUCUUCCCCGAUUCUAAUGUCCCAGCAACCUCAGCGUCACUGGAUCUUACAAUGAUGACAAUGUUCUCAUCCUUGGAGCGGACAAGAGGCCAAUGGGCCUCUCUGCUGGAGAAAGGCGGGUUCCGGCUUGUGCACGUCUGGACACCUGAGCAGGAGAAUAGUGGCAGAAAUUCCGUUUUUGAAGCUGUUCGAGUUUGA